UUGGUGAGCGUGAACGUGAUUUAUCUUCAUGGCUGCUCGUUUAGGUAGAAAAUGCGUCGCUACAUUCGCGUCUUGUUCGUUUGCACUUUAAUCGUCUUCUGCUCGCUCUUGUACACAUUUAGUCAACUUGUGUCGUCGCUGGACAGCGCCGGUCCACAGGCGCGAGCACACCGGGCACGCGCAGCACAUUCAGGCCUCGGUGAACGCGAGCGCGAUGACAGGUGUAAUUCAGGGUCCGUCACUCACUGGGACCCCUAUGGGAUGCCUUCUGCUGUUUGCGGACUGAACUGCUUUAAGGAGUCGGCUGUUAGGUACACUGUUCCAGCGGCCGGGGUCCGUGAGCAGGACCGCCAGGAGCCCGUCAGACUGGCUGUGGUGGCGUGCGGUACCCGUCUGGAGGAAACGCUCACCAUGCUGAAAUCUGCCGUCCUGUUCAGCUGCAGAACGCUUCACUUUUAUAUUUUCGCAGAAGAUGAGCUUCACGUGGGCUUCAGACAGGCACUGGAGUCGUGGCCGGAGAAAUACCGCUCCAAGUUUAACUACAGCACGUAUCCCAUCACCUUUCCCAGCGAGAACGCCAGAGAGUGGAGAAAACUUUUCAAACCGUGCGCUUCACAAAGACUCUUUCUUCCUCUGAUCCUGAAGGACGUCGACUCUCUGCUGUACGUGGACACAGAUAUCUUGUUCCUGCGGCCGGUGGAGGACAUCUGGAGGUUUCUCUCAGGGUUUAACAGCAGUCACGUGGCUGCGAUGGCGCCGGAGCACGAGGAGCCGCGGAUCGGCUGGUACAAUCGUUUCGCUCGACACCCGUACUACGGCCGGACCGGAGUGAACUCGGGAGUCAUGCUGAUGAAUCUGACCCGAAUCAGAGCCAAACACUUCAAGAAUGACAUGACGCCCGCAAAUCUGAAGUGGGCCGACCUGUUGAUGCCUCUGCUACACAAAUAUAAACUCAACAUCACCUGGGGUGAUCAAGACCUGCUUAACAUCAUAUUUCAUCAUAAUCCAGAGAGUCUGUACGUGUUCCCGUGCCAAUGGAAUUACCGUCCGGAUCACUGCAUUUACGGCAGUAACUGCGGUGACGCCGAACAACAUGGUGUUUACAUUCUCCAUGGGAACCGAGGGGUUUACCAUGACGACAAGCAACCUGUAUUCAGAGCCAUUUACGAUGUCAUUCAGAAGUAUCCGUUCGGAGAAGAUGCAGUCCACGGUUUACUGCGCCCCUUGGAGGAGAAGCUACGGGACGCCAGACACACGUACUGCGGAAGAGUCUGGCACAUCUUCACCAAACGAUUACAAGAAAGUGUGAAAGAGCUACAGAAAGACAAAUCCAGAUGAGUCCUGAAACCUAAUCAAUUAUCAGGAGUGGGAAAAUCACUGCGAUUGAUCACAAACCGACAAUCAUUCAACACGAAAAUGUUAUCGUGAUCAUUUGAGAUCACAGGGAAUACAUGGUUUGUUUGUGAAGCUCUGUUGGGAGAGCGACACAAAAGUCAUGGGUUUGAUUCCAGGAGGACGCAAGUACUGAUAAAAAUAAAAGAUUGAAUGCAGUGUUGCUUUGGAUUGAAGCGUCUGCCAAAUGCAUAAAUGCACGUGUUAAUUCAUUACAUCGAGGCUGCGUUUGAUUUCACACUCGGGCAGUGAUGUACAGUAUUGUGAAUGAUUUGUAGAAGAUCGAAAGCUUAAUGUAUAUUUAUAAAUGACAGAUUUAGGAUCAACUACAAACACGUGUCCCAACCGGUCACUAGUCUUUUUUUAUGGAAAAACAGACCAAAAAUAUGAAUGACAUCCUGUUCUAAACAAAGUUUUUACAUAAAACAAGUUUCCCUCAACUGUGAUGUAACCAUGACACAGAACUGGACCAAUGAGAUUUCACGGUGGGGUUCUAAAUAAGACGCUCAAUCGUUUUAUUGUGUCAGGGCUGGUUAGGACGCAGCGUGACUGGUACAGAUGAUAAUAUAUGAAAAAUGACAGAAAAUAUACAUGUGAAUAUUUGAAUGUGAUAAAUUUUUAUAUAUUGAAUGUUGUUAUAAUAAUUGUAUUGCUGUUUUUGUUUGUCUCAGGCAUGUUUCUGACAGGUUACAGGUGAUGCGCUUGUUUAUUGCCAAAUGCUCUUCAUUCAGGUCAUGUUCACAUGUUAAUUUAUGUUUUUUUUAAACAGUUAUUGGUGUAAAGGGCUUUGUUAUAUCAUUACGGUGCUAUAAGUGUUUUGUAAAUGAGAUUUUUAACAAUUUUUUUUAAAAAUGACAGGCAUGAUGUGAAAUCUUUUUAAAAUCACUACAGUUGAAUCAUCAUCGUGACUCAAAUGUCAGACUUAUUUGUAUCAAGAAAUCCAGUAUAUUUUUGUAAUAAACGUUUUUGAGUUUCA